AUGGCGACCAGCCUCGUCUGCAAGCAAUGCGACACCCUAUUGAAAGACGUCAAGGAGGCGCAGGCCCACAAUGACAUCACCGGGCACACCCAGUUUGAGGAGAGCACCCAGAAGGUGCCGCGGCUGGUGUGUGCGGAGUGCGGCAAGGUGUGCCGCUCGGAUGUGGAGCGCGCCAUGCACUCGCGUGGCACUGGACACAAGGAGUUUGUUGAUAAGACUGACGAGGCGGAGGUGAUAGACACAGAGCAGCAGAUGGCCGCGGCCAAGCAGGAGCUGAAGGAAGAUCUGGAGGCGGACGCGGAACUUCUCGGCGUGAAGAGGAAGAAGGCGGCUCCUGCUCAGGAGGGCGCCUCGGCGGCCGCGGGCGCGGGGGGCGAUGGCGCGGAGGCGAUGGCGGUGGACGAGGAGAUGAGGCGUUGGCAGUGGAUAAGGAGAUGGUGA